AUGGAGCCAAACUAUGAUCAUUUUCAAGCUCAAAUGGAGGCAGAUCGAUAUUUGCAACCACCACAAGCAACUUUUAAUGUAACUGGAAAUGACUCUAUCAUUGAGUUGAUGGAUGGUGUUCAACAACAGCAACAACAACAACAACAACAACAACAACAACAACAACAACAACAACAACAACAACAACAACAACAGCAACAACUUCAGCAGCAACAGCAACAACAACAUGCACAACAGCAACAGCAGCAACAACAACAUCAACAAGAACAUAAAGAAGAAGAUAGUGCAGUACUUACACAAUCAAUGGAUGAAAGACAAACCUACUCUGUACAUGGAACAACCUUUACGGUACCAAAGAGAUAUAGUCUUAUAAAGUGUGUCGGUCAAGGUGCCUAUGGUAUAGUGUGUUCCGCUCACGACAAUCUCACUGGCAAGAAAGUGGCGAUCAAGAAGAUUAUCAGAGCUUUCGACAACCUAAAAGAUACAAAGAGAACAUUAAGAGAGAUUCAUCUACUAAGACAUUUCAAUCAUGAAAAUAUUAUAUCUAUUACGGAUAUUCUUAAACCAGUUUCAAAAGAAGAGUUUGACGAUGUUUAUAUUGUAUCAGAGUUGAUGGAUACCGAUCUCUAUCAGAUCGUAGCUUCUGCACAACCGUUGACAGACGACCAUUGUCAGUACUUUGUUUAUCAAAUGUUGAGAGGUUUAAAGAUGAUUCACUCUGCUGAUGUAUUACAUAGAGAUCUCAAACCGGGUAAUCUACUUAUCAAUGGAGAUUGUUUAUUAAAGAUUUGCGAUUUAGGUUUAGCAAGAGUAGCAAAUGCGUCUCAUAUGGGAUUCAUGUCAGAGUAUGUAGCAACUCGUUGGUACCGUGCACCUGAAAUCAUCUUGUCAUGGAAUCAAUACUCUAAAGCUAUUGAUGUAUGGUCUGUAGGUUGUAUAUUUGGUGAGAUUCUAGGUAGAAAGCCAAUGUUCCAAGGAAAAGAUUAUAUCAUUGGUUCGGUUGAGGAAGAAGAUCUAGCUAAUAUCGCCAAUCCACAGGCAAGACAGUUUGUAAAGUCACUGGCAGGUCGUCCAAAAGUACCGCUUUCAACUUUGUUCCCGGGUGCCAAUCCAGUUGCGUUGGAUCUAUUGGACAAGAUGUUGAUAUUCGAUCCCGACAAGAGAAUCACAGUGGAGGAUGCUUUGAAUCACCCGUAUUUCGCAUCACUGCACGACCCCUCUGACGAACCGAUCUGCCUCCACAAAUUCAACCUCAACUUUGAAGGUUGGGAUCUCAACAAAGAGCUACUCAAGGAGUUGAUAUACAACGAGAUGUUGACAUACCACCCAGAGGAGAGCAUCCAACAGCAAAAAUCAAACGGUGGUAAUAGCCAAUUAUUCUCACUGCUACAACAACAACAGAAAGAUAUUCUUGAGCAACAUCGUGCGCAACAGAUUCAACAGCAACAACAUCAACAACAACAACAACAGCAACAACAAAUUCAUCAACAGCAACAACAACAACAACAUCACCAACAUUAA